AUGGUAAGGAGGUCUCAGGGAGUGAUCCGAGCGAGUGCUGCGGGAGCGGUUGAGGUCUCUCGAGAAAGCUCUCUGCUUAGCUCUGCACCACCCAGGGCGCCACAGUCUCCAAAAUCCAAUAGCCCACGUGGAUCACCCCCUGACCCCCAGUCACCCUUCCUCCCGCCUCAGGCGCCCCCCGAGCAGCCUACGACCCAGAAACGCAAACAGCGGCAGCCAGCAGAGAACACCGCACUAAGGCGUUCUACACGCCCACGGAAGAAUGUCCAGUACAAGGUGUGA